AUGGUUUCUACAAAAUACGACUUCAAGUGCGCUGUGAUUACAGGAGGCGCUGGAGGUAUUGGAAAAGGUCUCGCCAUCGACUUCAUCAAGCGAGGCAAAAAAGUCAUCCUAGUCGGACGAACAAAGUCAAAACUCGAAGCUACUAGCAAGGAGAUUGGAGCCGCCGCCUAUUACGUCCUCGACACAGGAAGAAUUCAAGACAUUGCGCCUUUCAUUACUCAAGUCUUAUCAGACCAUCCUGAUGUUGACUGUCUGGUCAAUAAUGCGGGAGUACAGCGCCCGCUAGAUGUGGUAAAUGAUGACCCAGCGACGCUUUUGGCAAAGGCAGAUGAAGAAAUCAACAUCAAUGUUCACGGGCCUUUGCAUUUGGCAGUGGGCUUUCUGCCACACUUCAAGAAGUCCAAUGGAACGCCUGUAAUCAUCAACGUCUCGAGCAUUGUGGGCUACAAUCCAUUCUUGACCAUCAACCCGGUUUAUAACGGUACCAAAGCGUGGGUGCACUUCUGGACUAUGAAUCUGAGGACACAACUGCACCAAAAUGGAUAUACCAACAUUGGCGUGGUAGAAAUCGUACCACCAACAGUGGCCACCGACCUUCACCGCGAAAGGGCAGAUCCUGACGACAACAAGAAACACAAGAAUAAGUCGGCACUCAGUAUUGAUGAGUUCCUGUCCGAGGUGAACCUUGGCCUUGAUUCUGGAAAAGACACUAUUGGGGCUGGUGCAGCACAGGACCUGGUUGAACGGUGGUAUAGCGCCUACGGGGAUGAAUAUGACGAGAAGACUGCUCGUGGUUGA